UGAUCUGCCAAUCGGAAUUAUGGGGAGCCUUCUGGUUUGUAUCUCGCUGUACAUUGGCGUAUGUUUAGUGCUCACCGGGAUGGUCCCUUUUAGCCUCCUUAGUGAAGAUGCUCCUUUAGCUGAAGCCUUUUCAUCAAAGGGUAUGAAGUUCGUCUCAGUCUUAAUCAGUAUUGGUGCUGUUGCUGGACUUACGACUACUCUGCUUGUUGGUCUUUAUGUUCAGUCCAGGUUAUAUCUGGGACUUGGAAGGGAUGGCCUAUUGCCUUCAGUCUUUUCCAGAAUACACCCAACUCUUCAUACACCUCUUCAUUCUCAAAUCUGGUGCGGCAUUGUAGCUGCCGUUUUAGGUGGCAUAUUUAAUGUACAUAGUCUUUCCCAUAUUCUGUCCGUUGGUACAUUGACUGGGUAUUCAGUUGUUGCGGCUUGUGUUGUGGCGUUGAGACUGAAUGAUAAAAAAGAAAGAGAGUCGUCCAAUAGAUGGACAUCUAGUUGGCAGGAAGGUGUCAUUUGCCUUGUUAUAAUUGCAUGCAGUGGUUUUAGUGCUGGCAUACUAUACCGUUUCAGUGCUUCAGUUAUAUUUAUUCUCCUCUCCGUUGCUAUGGCAGUUGUUGCUUCAGCAGUUCUUCAUUUUCGCAAACUUUUCGCUUUCAGGCUUAUGCUCAGUCUCUGGGUCCUGGGUUUACCUGUCCUGGUGUACCCAUUGUGCCAUGCGUAUGCAUUUUCUUCAAUAUCUUCUUAUUUGCUCAGUUGCAUUAUGAAGCGUGGAUAAGAUUUGUUGUUGUCAAUGUGCUUGCAACUGCUGUUUAUGCCUUGUAUGGGCAGUACCACGCAGAUACAAGCACUGUGGUUUAUCAGAGGGCACCUGAAACUGAAAGCGAAUCUUGUUAAUGCUACACUAUUAUAGCUGUGUUACUUAAAACGGUGCAAGCCAUUUGUUGAGUGUAGAUAGCAAGUUUAUGUGUUGCGUGAGAGACCUACAAAUUCUGUUUGAGUGUAAGGGAUUGAAUGGGAUGUGAGGAAUUUAGAUAUUAUUAUUGUAAUUUGUAAAUAAAACUUGAGUAUAUAAGUAUGCUCCUGCAUUUCAACUGAAGCCUUGAGAAUGACUGAAAAUCGCUAUUGUGCUUUC